ACGCUUCCCUACUUCCCACUCGGACAACUUGUCCUGCGACUUUCGAGGUCGUUGAGGAUUUCUCCCAACGUCUUUCUGUAUUAAUAAUUUACCAUGGCGCCGACGACGACGACGACGUCGAAUGGUGCGACGACCUCGGUCCAAGUAGCCCUCCGUAUUCGUCCCCCUACCAACCAAGAUUCGACCUCUAUUCCCGCUCGCUUUCAAAGAUCAGUCAUUAAUGCCAUAUCCCCCACCAGCGUCGCCGUCGACGCCACGUCUUCCGCUCUUUCGUCUGUUGGUUCCAGUGCCGCUGCCGCUACGCCUGCCUCUUCUGCGUCUUCGGCGAAGAAGCAAGUGUUUACUUUCGACCAAGUGCAUCCACCUCCUACCACCCAAUAUCAACUUUUUACAUCCACCGCCCAACCGCUCACCUCCCGCUUCAUAGAAGGAUUCAACUGUACCAUUCUGGCAUAUGGCCAGACGAGUAGUGGCAAGACUUUCACUAUGACGGGUAUCGACCUCGACCUCGACCCUACCGAUCCUGAUAAUGGCAUGGGCAUUAUUCCACGUGCUGUAGCGAGCAUAUACCAACAGUGUCGCGAACUGAAGGACGAACGGGGUUCCGCAUGGAGCUACAGUAUCAAAGGCUCGUUUAUAGAGCUUUAUAACGAAGACCUAAUUGACCUUCUUGGGUUCGAUGAGUCUGGCGGUAAAGCCAGCAACGUGCAAAUACGGGAGGAUAAGCAGGGUCAUAUCAUCUGGGAAGGCCUGAGAGAAGUGAGUGUCAAGAACUCAAAUGAAGUCAUGGGAUUGCUCCGCAAAGGAACGUCAUUUCGACGAACUAACGAGACUGACAUGAAUGCUCAGUCCUCUCGUUCGCAUGCCAUCUUCUCUCUCAUUUUGACUCAGAGGAAGUUCGUCGGCUCUGGCCCCCCUCCUCGCUCAUCUUCCCCAUUGCCACCGGGUGCCAAUCGACCCCCUUCACGUCUCGCUAGGCCGUCUUCAACUACCUACACUAGUGCCUCUGGCAACAGGGUCUCAUCGCCUACCUUCGGUCGCCCUGCGACACCUAGUUUCGCGUCUGCUAUGGGACGGGGCGGCAGCAGCAUUAGGCCGCCAAGUUCAAUGGGCAUGCUGUCUCCUCCAGAUGGCGGAAGGAGACAUAGUCUAUCUCCAGGAGCACCUCAAACGAACGGCGACGGCGACGGUGAAUGGGUGACCAUUAUCUCGAAAUUCCAUUUCGUUGACUUGGCUGGUUCCGAACGGUUAAAACGAACAGCUGCCGCCGGAGAGCGUGUUAAGGAGGGUAUCUCGAUCAACAGUGGUCUCCUUGCUCUCGGCAACGUCAUCUCGGCGCUCGGCGAUCCCGCGAAAGCGAAAACUCACACUGCAUCGUAUAUUCCAUACCGCGACUCUAAGCUCACUCGUCUACUUCAAGAUUCGCUGGGCGGUAAUGCGCACACUCUCAUGAUUGCUUGUGUUAGUCCUGCAGAGUGGAACGCGAAUGAGACGGUUAACACUCUCAAGUAUGCGAAUCGGGCGCGCAACAUCAAGAAUAGAGUCACGCUCAACGAGAAAGAGGAAGGGUGGGACGACGUUGAGUGGCUGCAGGGCAUGGUCGCACGACUUCGAAAGGAGCUUAAGGUCUUGAAAGAUGGCGGGGCAGUUGCGCCGGCCUCGUCUGCAGGCGUUGAACCAGAGACUUCGUCGGUGGCCGUCCAGAAGGCGUACUCUCAGAUGGCCGAGCUGCGAUUCAGCUACGAGGAUCUCCGCGCGAAGUAUGUUGAUCGAACCGAGGAACUCACUCGCUUGCGCCGCGACUUAGCGGAGAAACAGCGCGCUUCUGGCGGCGCAGUGGGCGGUACAGCAAAGUACGAGGAGAUUGUCGGUCCCGUUAUUGAGGAGUACGAGAAGACGAUCAGCGCUAUGGAAGCCGAGCUCAGUCUCAACCGCGCAGCUCUGCGACACACCAACGAUUUGGUCGACGAGAAGGAGGCAGAGCUCGCCCAGCUUGCAGAGCGGCAUGUGACUACCGAGAUGUAUGUCGAGGAGUUGCGUUCGAGGGUCGCCAAGCUUUCAGAGCGAGAGGCAUCGACUGAGGCUUACAUUCGCGAUCUCGAGGAGAAGGUCAAGCUAUUCAACGAGGACAGUAUGACUACCAGUGGCUCAAUGAGCGACCUCAAGCGAGAACUGACGAAGGUCAGGGAUGCUGAAAGUCAUUCGGUCCAGUAUAUCGCCGAACUUGAGGCACGACUCGCGAAAUCCGAUGAAUCAGUCAUCGCCCUGCAGCAGACGGUCGAGCAACUCGAAGAGGAGUGCGAGGCUCGUCGCGAGGACGUCAAAAUUCUGCAGAGCCGUUUGGAGCAGCUUCAACGUGAUGGUCAGGGUUGGAGAACCGAUCUGGAAGAGAGAGAGAAGAAGAUUCAGAGGAUGGAAGCCGAGCUCAAGGAGCGCGAGGAGUCGCUAAAGGCCAUGGCAGAGAACCGCGAGCGCUUAGGCGUAAUCGUCAGCGAUGUCAGCGAAGCCCGCAAGAACCUGGAGGUUGCCAGUAUCACGUCUGACACCUCUUCGGUCCACGGUUCCGAAAACCUACUCGAAGAGCAACUGGUCGCGCUUCAACAGACGCACACCGCCACUCUCGCCGACCUCUCUUCGGUGUCUGCCAAGUAUCGAGACGCCCUUCGCGAAAUAGCAGAUCUGGCUGCUCAGCUCCAGGAAGCAAAGGUGAAUGCUUCUAUUCCUCCGACUCCACUGUCCGAAUCUCCAGAGCGGCCGACUGAAGUCUCCUCUCCUCGGAGGCGGAUGACCAGGGGCAUGUCCAAGGACGGUCUCGACGGGCCUUUGGCCGGCACGGGCAGACGCCUCCACUACAGGCAAGCGGUCUCAACCGAAUCUCUGCACGCGAGGUCUAUGUCGCAAUCUUUAUCGCUCUCUCAGGAGCUGUCCUCGGCCAGGUCGCGCAAAACCUCUACCUCCAGCCACGGCACGAGUAGCUCUCUCUCCUUGUCCCCCGGCUCCAAACCCUCGUUGUCGUUGCAUGUUGGCCCCAAUGAACGGUCUGUUCAGAGCCUUGAACAAGAAAUCAUGCGACUGCAAGAAGUUCUCAAGGAGCGUGAAGCCGAGAUCAGUGCUCUCGAGCAGUCACUAAAGGAAAAGGAUCGCGCGACAACGUCGUCACAGACAUUUUCGCCAGAUUCGCCGACGACCCCAAUUCAGACUGGUUCCAGUGCCAUGGUGCACUUAUCUCCCAAGACAAGAAGCCAGUUUGAAGAGCUGCACAACAGCAUUAGUCAUACGGAGGGCAACCCUGUUCCAGACGCGGACGAGUCCCUGGAGAGGUUGAACGAGCUGAUGAGGUCCAUGGCGCAGAAGGAGUCGAGUCACCGAGAGAUCGUCGACGGGCUUAAUGCAGAGUUGAAUCAACUACGCCGACAGCAUGACGAGCUCACCGUAUUGUCGCGCGAUCAGGUUGUUCAGCAUACGUCACAGGCUCUUAAUAUGUCGAACGAGAUUGAGGGGUUGCGGUACAAGCAUGAAGAGGACCUGACCAAGCUCGACGAUGUACAACAGCACGAAGCCGAACUACUCGAGGCGCUUGAACGCGCUCAGGCCGAUCAUGCCUCGGCGGUCGAGAAGCUGAAGGCGGACCACGAAGAAGCACUCCGGGUGAAGGAAGCCGAAGUCGACGGCAUACUUGCGAAGCUCAAGGACGAGCACGAUGCUGGAGUCCAGGAUCUUUGCUCUCAGCUCGUCAGCGCCUCGGCUGCCCUCGAGAAAGCUCGUCAAGAUCAUGAGGCCACUUUCGGCAGGCUUCAAGCUGAUCAUGAAGAGGAACUACGCCGUCAGAAUGAUGACGUCAACAAGACUCUCGAACGCAUGCGGGUUGAACACGAAGCUGAGGUCGCCGCCGCCCUGGAGAAGGCCAGGUCAGAGCACAACGAGGCCUUCAGCAAGCUUCGCGCCGAACACGAUCAGAUGCUGCAGAAGCGCAGUGAAGAACACCAGAUCGCAGUCGAGGAGACCCAGAGGGAAUACGAGGACGCCGUCUCCAAGCUCAUCUCGGACCACCAGCAGUCUCUCAAGAACAAGGAGGAAGAGUCGUCGGCGACGCUCCAGCGAACAGAAGAGGAGUACUACGAGGCCCUGACGAAGCUGCGUAUAGACCACUCACAGGCACUCGAAAAGCAGGCCGCUGAGCACGCCACAACUCUUGAGCGUCUCAAGGACGAGCAUGUCCGCGAGCUCCGUAUGGCAGAGAUCGCCCGUGAAGGCUCGCUCACGCAGUCUCAGUCUGCUCAGGAAUCGGCUCUGAGGGAGUUGCAGGAGGCGCAUGCUUCCGCUGUUGUCAAUAAGGAGAGCCAGUUUGCCGAGGACCUCCAGAAGCUGAGGGACGAGCACGUACAGAUCCUCGCGACUAAGGACGAGCAACACCGCGCAUCCGUCCAGAGGGUCAAGGCGGAACAUGCUGCCACUCUCCACGACAAAGAAUCGGCCCACAACGAAACGAUUGAGAAGCUUACCAUUGAUCACGCGAAGGCCCUGGCAACCAAGGAUUCCCAGCAUCAAACGAAGCUUGAGCAGCUCGCAGCUGAGCAUUCAGCUCAGCUGAAGAAGCUACAAGAGGAUUCCGAGGCUAACGUUGCUCAGCUGACGGCAGAGUUGGAGAAGGUGCGAAACGAGAAGAGCUCCAUCGAAAUCUCGCGGAAGGAUACCGAGCAGAUUCUCCAACAGAGCAGACAGCAGCAAGCGGUUAUGCUCCAGGAGGCCGAGCGUGGCCAUCAGGAGGAGGUCAUACGACUGAAAGCCGCACACGACUCUGCCUUGGAAGACGUGGAGCUACGUCAACAGGAGGAGCGUUAUUCGCUUGCGCAGGUCCACGUGGAGGAGUUGGCUCAUCUGAAGGCCGAACAUCAGACCGCAGUGGGUGAAGCCCAGUCCGAGCUCAUCGCUGCACAGGAACAGCACAGGAAGGAUUUGGAAGAGGCCCGCGCACAGACGGAGCGCCUCUUGCAGGAGGAGAAAGCCCGCCUGACCUCUUCGUUGUCGGAUCUCGAGGGCAAACAGGCGGAGGAGCUCUCCACGCUACGCAAAGACCACGACGUAUUGGUAGAGGAGAAAGUUGAGCUCUCACAGUCACUUUCGGAGCUAGCUGCGAAGCAUCAGGCCGAACUCACGGCGCUCCGAGAGGAACGCGAUGCUCUUACGGCCGAGAAGGCGCGUCUCUCAGCAUCUGUCGCGGACGUGGGCACGCGACACGCCGCGCAGUAUACCGUUCUUCAGCAGGAACACGGCCUUCUACUUGAAGAAUUCGAGUCUCACAAGGCUGCCGCGCAGGAGGCAUAUGCUGCUCACGAAGACAGCCGUCUGGAACAUGAGGCUGCCCUGCAGAAGAAGUCCAGCGAAGUCGCGUCAUUGCACCAGCAGCUCUCCAGCGCGAACUCUCUGCGUGAUGCCCUGAGCUCGGAGCUCGACAAGCUCCGUGAAGAGCUCGAGGAGACGCGGAACAGGUCCUCGGAGCUCGCUCGCGAAGCGUCUAAACGCCAGUCGCUUGCCGAGGAGCUCGAGCGCCACAGAUCGGCUCUUGCCGAGAUGCAGGAGAAUCUGCAGAAGACGAAGGACGAGAUGGACACGCUGCAGGCUGAGAAGCACAAGCAGGAUGCCGCCCUCCGGGACUUGCAGGCACAGCUGCACACGCGCAGCCCGUCGCCGCCGCAACGCGUCGGCAGCGCUGCUGGCCGCGCCAACGGUAUUCCGGCACCAAAGCUCCCUCCGCUCACCCCGUUGCCAAGUCUGCCUGGCGGCACGCCCCAGACGCCGACGCUUCGCUCUCACGAAGCUCAGAUGAGCUCGACUUCUUCGGCAAUGUCCAUCUCAUCUCGGAGCAUCGAGUCGGUGGAUGCUCCGUUGACACCUGCUACCUCCGUGGCGCCAUCGGUUACAUCGCCGGCGAUGUCUCAGCCGGAUCCGAAACUUGUUCAACAGGUGCAGGGUCAGGCGAAGCUCCUUGAGGAACAGGAGGUGAUGAUCAAGACGCUUAACAAGCAGCUUACGCACUGCGAGAGCGAUUUGCAGGCGCACAUUGACAUGGUGGCGACACUCGAGACGUCUCUGGCGGAAGCCGAGAAGAACCUACGCAAGGCGCGCAUGCAAGCUACCGAGAUCUCGCGCGACCGGGACAACUUGAAUACGCAGGUCGUCUCGCUGCGGCAAGAGCUCGCCGAAUCCAAGAACGAGGUCGCGAAUGUCCGUCGCUCGGUCGUCGAGGAGAAGCAGAGCCUCGAGAUCCGCUUGGACGAGGAACGCCGUGCCAAGGAGCGUGCGCGCGCACAGCUCGACGGCCGGAUGGACGAACUUCAGCGACGCAAGUCAAAGUUUGCGUGCCUGUAAUUCAUUCCGCAUAUCUCGCCGUCCCCCUCAGCCCUUCUCCUGGAAUUCUCUAGCUUGAUCGCCACCGGCCGCCCUGAACCGAUCGCUCUAGGUCCUUAGAGCACGGACCGCAUCUAUCCGGCCUCGUCUCUUCACUCAAUCUCAUCUUUCGGUCUGCCGGGUAUCAUUAAACACACUUAGUUCGCUUGUGUUCGCUUGUGACUUCCUCUCCCCCGCUGCCGUCAGUGCCAUCCUUUUGCACCGCUUUGCUCUUCUGUGCCCUGGCUGCUAUUCUCGUUUUUUUUUAACCUUCGCUUCCGCGUUUUAUGCUGGAGAUACCCCCUUACACUCGAUCACUCAUACCACCCACCACAUUGCACCAAGACGGUCUCUCGGUCUGGCCCCCACGUUCGUUUGGAUUUGGCUCUUUAUCAGUACUGUAUGCGCUCCCUAGCCUUCUUUUCUACGUAUAUAUUUGUACGACGCGUCCAGUGCACGUACAUGGUGUCUAGCCCAAGUAUAGAGUAUGUCGAAUUUUAUGCCACUCAUUACCUCUUGCUGUGCGUGCGUGGGGCGAGUUAGAACAAUUGCCAAAAGCGGGGGCGGGGU